CACACACACACAAACACACACACACACAGCUGAACUCGUCAACACAAACAUGGCAACCGGAAUGGAGCUCGCACCGUUCAGACAGUGGGGAGAUUUUUUCCCCGGAGCGGAUAGAUUUGCUAAACCAGACAUUAAAGAUUUAACUAAAUGGAACAACAGAGUGAUAAGCAACCUGCUUUAUUUCCAGACCAAUUAUUUUGCCGUGGUCAUUGUGGUUUUCCUCCUUGUUGGGUUUAUGAACCCUCUCGGCAUGAUCCUGGGUAGUGUCGUGGUGUCGUUGGUGUUCAUGGGGUCGGUGUGGGCCGGAGAGAACAAGGCGGUGAUCAAGAACUUUAAGAAGAACCAUCCGUCGCUGUUCGUCAUCGCCGUCCUGGGAGCCAGUUACUUCCUGCUGUCUCUGUGUGGCGGCGUGAUGGUGUUCAUCUUCGGCAUCACUUUCCCACUGCUCUUGAUCCUGAUCCACGCCUCGCUCCGUCUGCGCAGCAUGAAGAACAAGCUGGAGAAUAAGGUAGAAAGUGUGGGGCUGAAGAAGACUCCCAUGGGUGUGAUCUUGGACCUGCUGGAUCAGCAGGAGGAGAAAAUCAACAAGAUCCAGGAUUUCAUCGAGAGCAAGCUGAAGGACUGAGCGACGGGACGGAUCCGAUCCGAUCCGAACCUAUCCGAGUUUCUCCUCCUGAUCCGUUACUUAUAUAGCACUGUUACACCCAAAUAUUUCCGUCGCUUUCCUUCAGCAGCCAUGAUGUUUACGUUUAAAUUCCUCCGAAGGUCCUGAAGGGCCGCAGCACUGACACCUUUUUCCUUUUCUAGCACAAACCUCUCCCCGAUACGUGUGUUUCAGAUUCGGAACGUGUUUCGGCGCUUCUGCUGAGGAAAACAUGGCCGUCGCCUAAAUGUGGGAAAUCAUAGACUUUAUCAAACAUCAUUAAAAGCAAUAUUUUAUUUAAUGUAAACGUCUCUUUACAACCGUAGCAUCGAACACCUCCUGUUUUCCUAAUUCUCUAUUUAGAAAAGGCGACGACUUCUUUCCUGCAGUGUUAUGCACAAACCUCCACUUAUGCUACAAAAUAUUACAAUAAGCUAUGAAAUAAGCUUUUCUUUCAUAAAAGUUAUCAUUCAGAAUAAAAAAAAUAAAAAACAUUGCAACAAGCUUUUAUUUAAAAAGAAAAUCAAAUACAAAAACAGCAUUGGACUCGUUUUUCGCCAAAAAAAGUUUUAAAACAUUUCAAAAUAGCCUCCCCCCCCAAAAAAAAGGUCAAAUUCCAAAUAUUAAAAAUUCUAAAUAUUUAAAAACAUUGUUACAAGCCCACAAAAAUUAAAAUACAUCAUUCCAAAAUUCCCAAAGAAAAGUUUGAAACAGGGUUACUAUGAUUUUCCCCCAAAAGCUUAAAAUAAAAAACCAUUGUUUAGAAGUUUGUUUUCCAAAAAAAAUCACAAUUCAAAAAUGUCAAAAAUUCAGAAACAUUAGUACAAGCUUUGUUUCUCAAAAAAGUUUGCCGCAAAAAUUCCAAGUCAUCGUUACGAGCAUUUCCCCCAGACAAGCUGUAAUUAUGAAACUAAACAAAACUAAAAUUAUUACAAGUAAAAAAAGUUAUAAUUAAAAGUUUAAAAUAAUAAAUAAAAAAGUUACACUUUAAAAUAAGAAAAAUCAACAGUAUUGUUGCUUUUUUUUUGGUCAGUAAAAAUGAAGGACCGCGAGUGAUGCUUGCUGUUCGCUGUGGAGACGUCUAACCCGACUGCCUUUCUGUCUGGGAAUUCCGACUUCAUAAUUUCAUAGUCAUCUUUAUAUUUAUUGAUUUUUUACUUUAUUUUACAUUGUGAGUAAACUAACUGCAGCAUGAAGCCUGGAUCAUUAGCCUCGGGGUUUAACUUAAACGAGGUGAAACUCGGAACCCGGCAGUGACGCGGCUCUUCACGUCCCUCGACUCGUUUCGUGCGUCUCGUAUUGGGAUUGGAUCAGAUUUUAACCACAUGCCUUUACGCGGAGAGUCAAAUCCGUCUCUGAUUGGUCCGAUUGAAGUCUGAUCAAGUGUUAAUAUGCGAGUGAGUUAAUUACGCUCGAUCACUAGUUUUCCACUCUUUGUGGUUAUAAAUAAAUAAAUAACUAAAUAAUUGCAUGACGUUCUCAUAAAACACCUUAACCUCCUUGAAGACGUGUGCGGCUCACGUGUGUCAUGAUGUAAUGGAUUGUGAGGAAGUUUCGCUUGUGACGUGGCUUCAUGUCUCAGACCUGGGAAUUGCGUUCACACCUACAUGUUUAUGCAGAUUAUUCCAAUCCGGAUUAUCCCGAAAUGUGUGUCGUGUCAAAACAAAACAAAACAACGGCCGAGUGUACACAGCAUCUCGGAUGUGUCGUGUAUUCUGAUCAGUUACGAAAGCUUUAAUACGAAUAUUGCGUUUAUUUUUUAUUUUCAUUGCUCGUAUGUAGGUGUCUGUAUCGUGAAUUCGCACGGCAGGCUAACCGCUACUGUAUAUGCUAGUUUACCUUUCCUUUGUCUAUGCACUUUUUAUUAACUUUUUUUGAACAUGUAUAUUCGUGUCAUAGAGGCCCAGAAUGAGAAUAAUGAUGGAGAACAAAAAUGAAAAAAAAAGCACUUUAGAUUAAAAGAUUGAAAAGUU